AUUACAUGCAACGUUUAAAGAGUGACUAAGUGGUAGUCUCCGUGACAGCUUUACACACACGACUCCAAAGACGAACCAGAAAGGUUGGAGAAAUGGCUUCAGAUAACAUGGAGGUUGCUGCUCUGGGUCGACCUUUCACCCUAGGAAUGCUCUAUGAUGCUCGGAAAGAUCAGCUGAUUCCAGGUUUGACUUUGUGGGAUGAUAAAACUCUAAAAGAGAACACAGUUGAAAUCUCUCAGCAAAGCAGUGCAUUUCAAAUUUCUGCAUCUGACUCCAUUGGAUCCAAGUCCUUUCUGCUGGAUGUUGAUGCUUCUCUGAAGGCCAGUUUCCUGAGUGGACUGAUUGAAGUUGGAGGAUCUGCCAAGUAUCUCAAUGAUACGAAGAAAUUUAAGAAUCAGAGCAGAGUGACGUGUCAGUACAAAGCUACCACACACUUCAAGCAAUGGACAAUGACUCAGCUUUUAACCACGAGUACCCAACAGACAGAUGUUAUUAAGAAGAGCUCUGCAACACAUGUAGUCACAGGCAUCCUUUAUGGAGCAAACGCUUUCUUUGUGUUUGACAGUGAGAAGUUAGACGCCAGCAGCGUUCAGAACAUCCAGGGCAAAAUGGAAGCUGUGAUAAAGAAGAUUCCCUCAUUUAAUAUUGAGGGGAAAGUUGACAUCAAGCUGAAUGAAAAAGACAAAGCUCUGACUGAGAAAUUCUCCUGCAAAUUCUACGGAGACUUCAUUCUCGAAAGCAACCCUGCAACAUUUGUAGAUGCAGUGAAGACCUACAUACAACUUCCAAAGCUGCUGGGAGAAAGUGGAGAGAACUGUGUUCCACUGAAGGUCUGGCUGAUGCCACUGAAGAAUUUGGAUUCCAGAGCUCCUGUGCUGGUGAGAGAGAUCAGUGUUGGACUAGUGAGAAAGGCUGAAGAUCCUCUGGAGGACCUGAAUCAUCUGGAAAAAUUAUGCAACGAUUUGCUGGAUGACAAAGUGGUUCAAGAUUUUCCUCAAAUCAAUGAAAAGUUGAGAAGUUUCCAAAAACUGUGUCAUUAUUAUGCAUCUGACCUCAGACAGACCAUGGAGAAGAAAAUUCCCUCCAUCCGUGAUGGUAAAGAAGGCGAGAGCUUAUUAGGAAAAGUCUUUGAAGACAGAGACAAGUCACCGUUCAGCCAUGACAAACUAACCACGUGGAUGGACCAUAAAGAGAGAGAAAUCAACAUCAUCAGGUCCUGUGUAGAAAAGAUGGAGGGAACACAGAUUGUCCACAAUCAGUCAGAGCUGGACAGAGAGGUUCUUGCUGCAGAUGUGGAGGAUGCUCUGUGCUUUGUUUUCACCUCCCUGCAGAGUGCUGACCCCUGCCUUGAUGUGAUGACCAAAUACUUGGAUUCACUAAAGUUAGGAAGUACCAAUGAAGAGCUGUGGUACUACUCAGAUGAAGUUUUAAUCAGAAUGAGAGAAAAAGCCAAAGCUUUCCAGGAUCUUGCCAAAGCACUGCAGAACAACAACCGAUUUUGUUUCCUCAUAGCAGCCAUUGCAAAUAAGAAAUACACAGGAGCAACCAUCUACCAUUACAAGGAGGGCAUUCUGGUCACUGAUGACUUUUCAAAGCCUGACCCCCCUCCUGUGGAGACUAUCACAGACAGAAGAGAUCUGCUGUGGUACUCCUGUGAUCUCACUCUGGACCCAGACACAGCAAACAAACACCUCACUCUGUCUGAAGGGAACAAGAAGGCAACAAAUGGAGCAAAGCAGUCAUAUCCUGACCUCCCGCAGAGAUUUGAUUAUUUCCAUCAGGUUCUGUGCAGAGAGGGGCUGACUGGGCGCUGCUACUGGGAGGUAGAGUGGUAUGCUUCUUCCUCUGAUGGAGAUGUUGCUGUAGCAGUUACCUACAAAGACCUGCCGAGGAACGGAGAAGAUCACAGGUGCGCGUUUGGAUACAAUAGCUUGUCCUGGAGUUUAGGCCAGAGCUGGUCUCCACCAAAUGCUGUUCUCACUGCAUGGCAUGAUGCUCGGUCCUGCAAUCCUCCUUUUCCUACUUCUGGCUGCACCAGACUGGGAGUGUAUCUGGACUGGCCUGCUGGCACUCUGUCCUACUAUAAUGUCUCAGCUGACACACUGAGUCACCUUCACACCUUCCGCAACAAAUUCACUGAGCCAGUUUACCCAGGCUUCUAUAUUAAGAAUGUAUUCAGCAACAUGUUUCUGUGUCUGUAAUCUGAACCCCAUGAUUCGCUUCAAGUUCAGUUCAGUUUGAUCACAAAUUAAUUAUUUCACGUGAUUAUUUCACCAUCAUGAUAGUAACAUAACAAUUUAAUAUAAUGCGUUCUCUUUUUGACAACGCAAAAUAUCUAAACACAAAAUACAACUUAUAUCAAAUUGAACUAAAUACAGCUCUCCCAAUGAUCCACAUUAUCAUCAUUAUCAUUAUUGUUAUUAUUGUUGUUUAUUACUGUGACUCACAAAUCUUUGCUUAUUCAAUUCACUUUGAACAUUUUAAAGAUUCGUAGUCACAGACUGUAGUUUGUACACAUCUUUCCUCAUCUAUGCUAAUAUGCAACAGGGAAACACAAAGCCAUGUUUCCAUGAAAGCUUCUUUGUGAUUUAUAUAAUUAGUAAAGCUGCAUGAAAGCGACAGAAUUGAACAAAACUUUCACAAUAUCCCUGAAAUAGAUUUUGCACUCUCUUGAGUUUUUUCCCCCCAUCUGCCUUGACCGGUUGGGGGGAAGGAGAGAGAGAGAGAGAGAGAGACUUUCCUUUAUAUUGUAUUUUUUAUUUUACUUAUUUUACUUUUUUGUCUACGCUGUGGUUGUACCUUCCUGUAUGCUAAUUAACAUAAAAUAUGAUAUACCACUACAAUUUUAUAUAUUUGCACACAGUUACUCAGCUCAUUAAAAAUAAACUGACACAUCA